AUGUUAGCUACAUCAGACUCGUCGUUUUUGGCACACCGGAGCCUCCACAUAUGGAAAAAGAUCGGCGAGGGGUCUUUUUCCAAGGUUUACCUGGCCAUAUUUGGAGACACCGAGAACGAUUCAGGCAAACUGAUCGCGACAAAAGUGAUCAACAAGAACCGCGUUUCCACUAAGUUUGUGGAAAAGUUCUUACCCCGUGAACUAGACGUGAUGCUCAAACUCAGACAUCCGUAUAUAGUGCAGGCAAGUUUAAUAUUAUGA